GAUGUAGAUCCUAACGAAUGAGCAUUGGGCUGCUCACAGCCGAUCUCAAUAUCCAAGAACGCACCAUUCGCUUUAGGUAACACCUUCAGGCUUGAGUACAAGGUGUUGACUGAACUACAAAAUUAACGUAAUGACGAAUAGCACCGUGCUAGCUUGUAAUGAUGAGCUUGGAAAGAGCGCACCUUUGUAUAUAACACUGUUGUCCCAUCGUAAGACUAGACCACACCCAAGUACCCAACUCACAAUAUUCUCGUUAUUAUGGCACGUCUUUUCCUCCAAAUACUGCUUGCUGCCGCGAGUCUCGUCGCUGGUCAAAGCACAACAUGUCCAAAUGAGGUUGCUAUCUACAAUCAGCAAGACCGUACCAUGAGCACGAUUAGCAGUUGGUUCCUAGUUCCUGUGCCGAAGGACGCUGUGAAGAAGGCUCUAAAGGAAUCGUUCUCGAGUUUGGUCAACCUACAAGGACUAAACCUGCUGCCUCUCCCAGCGGAACUGAACUUCCCGGCUGGCAUGCACCCCGUCAUUGUCAAUGCUGGAGCAAAUACCGACAUCCGUCAGGGUGGUCUCCAGCUUGCCACAGGAUUGAUGACUGCCAGCUCCAUGAUACCAUAUGUCGGCAUCGGCAACUCCCAGACGCCACUCAAUGCACCGCUUGUAUCUCUCCUGGCAGGCGUGGACCCGGUGACGCAAGGCUAUGUAUUCGGUCUCAUACCUUCUCUGGUUGCCACCAUAGGCGGCCUUCUCACUAGGAUCGGCGCUUUCCUCCCACUAAACGCACCGCUCCAGACAUACAGCGAUGGCUCUUUCGGCAUCAAUUCAAAAUGGGCACAACUACCCAACUCUCUUAGCGGCCCAGGUCUGUACGCCGAGGCUAUUGAUCUCAAGUUCGUCAGCGAGCCCAACCAAGCCAUGCCCAGGUACUCUCUCGAUAUGUGGAAGAGCAUGUUGAACCAACCUCUCAUACUCGGCAGCGUUGGUAGCCUCCUUACCCCCAAGUGCCAGCGCAACACCCAGUUUUUCAAUAACGCCACGGCACAACCGACUUUCCGCUCUGGUAACGUAACGCUUGGUCCUUCGGCAGGUGUUGAUGUACUCGCUGCUACCUUACAAAAGGCCAGUCCGGAUGGUUCAGGCUUUUACCAGAAAGUUUAUGGCUUCACUGCCUGUGCGCAGACCGUAGGCUAUGGCGCUGUUAUUCCGCUAGGGGAGGACUGUGAGGAGGCUGCGCAGGCUGUUAAGAACACCCCUGGAGCCUUGUGAAGAGCAGUAUUAGAUCAGAUCAUGUCGACGAAUAUUCUAUAGUAUCCACUCUUCUUUUGUUGGCGACGUGCUAACCAAAUUUCAAUGCAAUGUUUGUCGAUUGAGACGGGAGGCAACUGCCGCGGUACGAAGAUCGUCACGUCAUUACAGUCGCGUUUCCAAACCUGUCGCUUUCACAGUGCACACGCGUCUUUUCCUUGACUCACUAGCCACCCUCUCCAUCUUCGUGCGAGCGUACUUGUUUCGCGAUCUGUCAGCCGGAAAAAUCUCCGGUUCUUC